CUCGCUCAUGCGAAAUGGCAACCGGUGGAUUGGGCAGUGGCGGGGCGACGACGCAUGUUGAGAGCCUCAUGCACAACGACAUGCUUGUGAGCAAAGAUGGAGAGAUCCUCGGCAUGACCUCAGUGGCCGCAGGAGGGAAACGAUUGGCGUUGCGGUUCGACUCCGCCGGCAACUCUGACUUCCACGACGUGUCGCGUCAAGAAGUUUUGACAAUGAUUCAAACAUGCGCGGACAGCAUGGCGAUUCCGGCGAACAAGCUCGGUCGCCGUCAGUCCACCUCCGUCGACGCUGGAAACAGCCGCGCGUACCAUCGCUCCCGUACGCGCCUCGCACGAGACGGCCCCAUCGAUAUUCCGGUCCUUCUUGCAUGUUGAAUCGUUCCCUCAACCUCAAUAUACAGGCGGUGCACAUGCGCGACCUUCGUAAACUGGACAACAUGUUCUCCACAUCCAACGAACCGUCCAUCACGGUUCGACAGCAAGCCAUCCUCGUCAACUGCGACCCCGUCCGUGCCGUGAUCACGCGCGACUGCUGCCUCGUAUUCCUCCCCGACGGGGCCGACAGUUUGGUGUAUCACUUGAAGACCAACAUGCAGCAGCACCUGGCCGAAGCGACAGCAUUUGAAUUUGCCGCCGUGGAGGCCAUUCUAGCGACGAUUUGCCGGUUGUUUUCCGCUGAAUGCGACCGCAUCGUGCCCAAGGGUCGACUAGCCCUGGACAAAAUGACCAAAGAUGACUCGAUGCUGAGCGAACUCGAAAACUUGCGGUCGAUCAAGAAUGAAAUGAGCGCGCUCGAGUCGCGGGUCGGCGGCAUGCGGCGCCUCCUCAUGGCGUUCCUCGAAAACGAAGAGGACUUGCACAUGAUGUACUUGACCAAGCUGUAUCAUGAGCCAGCGUUGGUGCACGAUCUGUUUAGCUUUGACACGGAAGACGCGGAAUCGUUUCUGGAAGUGUACCUCCAGGAAAUCUACGGCACGCAAACGCGUGUAGCGCUUAUGGCCAACAACAUCCUCAAUACCGAGAGCAUUGUGAUGCUCAAACUCGACUCAAAGCGGAACUUUUUGUUGAGUGUCGACUUGAGUCUGACGCUGAUGGGCACGGUGCUGGCGCUGCCGACGUUCAUCGUGGGAGGGUUUGGAAUGAACCUCAACUCAACGGUGCAAGAGACGGCGUACUUGUUCUGGAUCAUCUUUGGGCUGUGCAUUGCCCUCAUCGUCGUCGGGUUCGUCUAUGCCCAGCAAUACCUCAAGAAACAAGGGAUCAACAUGUCAUGGAAGUAUUAAAUCAAUGACGAAACUUUGUAUAACCUUGAAAAGGUACUAAUAUUUGUUCCAAUUAUAAUUUUAUUUCUA